CACACACACACUGUUUGCCAGACUUCCAGGAGUUGCGGCCGCGGAUCGAAAGACGGAGCACGGACAACGACUCACGCCAGAAACCCCCCCUAACAACAUAUCCUCGGUUUUACGCAUGGAUCUGUUCUCGUCUCCGGAGGGAUUUCUACGAGGUGCGAUGGUUUGCGCGGCUGGGAAUCUCGGAGUCUCGCACGGGAGCGACGGAGCCCACGUCCCCUCCGCUGCAAAGUUGUAAAGAAAGUAGUUUCUCAGCUCCUUUGGGAAAGUUUGUCCUCUUCCUUCCGCCACCAGACGUUUCUCCGGUCCCCGGUGCAUCAUGGCGCGGCGGACAGCGGAGGGACCCGUGGCUCCGACGCCGAGCGGGCGCGCUGCUUUCCGGGAUAAGCACCGUGGGUUUCGCGGGGGCUCGCAGGCGCUUUCGUGGGGCUUCGUGUUACUGUGCUCGGCGGCGCUUUCUUGUGGAUACUGCGGAGCCGACACGGAGUUUUCCAUCCUGGAGGAAGCGCAAGUUCUGGCGGAUCAGAUGAAGAAGCUCUCCUCGCAGGAGCUGGGAGUCUUCACGAUGCAGAGGAUCUUCAGCUCGUUCACGUACACGGAGAAGACAUCAAACGGAGAGACAGAAGUGCAGCAGUUGGCCAAGAAGAUUCGGGAGAAGUUUAACCGCUACCUGGAUGUGGUGAACAGGAACAAACAGGUGGUGGAGGCGUCGUACACCGCCCACCUCACGUCCCCGCUCACUGCGAUACAGGACUGCUGCUCCAUACCAGCAUCCAUGAUGGACUUCGAUGGAAACUUCAACACCAACGUCUCCAAGACCAUCUGCUGCGAUAGACUGUCCCCCACCGUCAACAGCCGGGCGUUCAACCCAGGACGGGACCUCAACUCAGUGUUGGCAGACAACCUGAAGUCCAACCCGGGGAUAAAGUGGCAGUACUUCAGCUCGGAGGAGGGCAUCUUCACCGUCUUCCCCGCCCACAAGUUCCACUGCAAAGGAAACUUCGAGCACCGCAGCAGGCCUGUGUACGUGUCAGCCGUGCGUCCCCAGUCUAAGCACAUCGUGGUGAUGGUCGACCACGGGGCGUCCGUCACUGAGACGCAGCUUCAGAUCGCCAGGGACUCGGCGCUCGUCAUCCUAAACUCCAUCGACGAGCACGACAAGAUCUCCAUUCUCUCAGUGGCGGAGCUGGUUCGUGCCUGUGCUCUGGACCAGUGCUAUAAGAGUCUGCUGUCGCCGGCCACCAGCGAGACCAAGAGGAAGAUGAGCACCUUCAUCUCCAACAUCAAGGCCUCGGACGCGGCCACGCACCACGCCGGGGGCUUCCAGAAGGCUUUUCAGCUGCUGAGAAACACCAGCAGCCUCAGCAGGCAGAGCCCCACGACUGACAUGGUGAUCAUCUACCUGUCGUCCGGUAUCACGACCCGGGAGUCGUCGGAGCAGGAGAAGAGAGCGACGCUCAGCGUGGUCAGAGAGGAGAACCGGCACCUCAACAACUCGGUCAUGAUCCUCACCUACGCUCUCAUGAACGAGGGAGUAACAGGCCUGAAGGAGCUGGCCUUCAUGAGGGACCUUGCCGAGCAGAAUUCGGUGAAGUACGGCGUGGACAGAGACCGGGGCCGCUCCUCGUCGUCUUCGUCUGGGUCGUCGGGAGCUUCGAUGAUACCGGUGGUGAAGGGGAGCAUGAUGGUUCUCAACCAGCUGAGCAACCUGGAGACGACAGUGGGACGCUUCUACAUCAACCUCCCCAACCGUAUGAUCGACCUGGCCGGCUUCAGCCUGCCCUACACCGACCCCAUGGGAGACGGAUUUAUCAUGACCGUGAGCCGGCCGUGCUACUUUGGGAACCUGCUGCUCGGCGUGGUCGGGGUGGAUGUGAACCUGGCCUACAUCUUGGAGGAUGUCACCUACUACCAAGACUCGCUGGCUUCAUACACCUUCCUCAUCGACAACAAAGGCUACACCCUGAUGCACCCGUCCCUGACGCGGCCCUACCUCAUGACCGAGCCUCCCCUGCACACAGACAUCACCCACUACGAGAACAUCCCCAGGUUCCACCUGGUCCGGCAGAACAUCCUCAACCUCCCUCUGGGGAGUCAGGUCAUCGCCGUGCCGGUGAACUCGUCCCUGUCGUGGCACACCAACCGACUCCGGGACAACAGCAAGGACGCGUACAAUGUCAGCUACGCCUGGAAACUGGUCCAGGACACGUCAUUCAUCCUGUGCAUCGUGUACGUGCAGCCUGAGAUCCCGGUGAAGCACCUGAAGAACCUGAACACGUCUCCCAGCUCGAAGCUGCUCUACCACCGCUUGGACCUGCUGGGUCAGCCCAGCUCCUGCCUGCACUUCAAACAGCUCGCCACUGUCGAAUCCCCCACGGUGAUGUUGGCAGCCGGCAGCUUCUCCUCCCCCUACGAGCACCUCAGUCAGCCAGAAACCAAGCGCAUGGUGGAGCACUACACCGCCUACCUGAGCGAUAACACCAGGCUCAUCGCCAACCCAGGCCUCAAGUCCUCCGUCAGGAACGAGGUUAUGGCGACCAGUCACGUCACGGAUGAGUGGAUGACACUAAUGGAAAUGAGUAGCCUCAACUGCUACAUUGUGCGCCGUUACAUAGCAACCCCCAGUGGGGUGCUCCGGAUUUACCCGGGAUCACUGAUGGACAAAGCCUUCGACCCGACCCGCAGACAAUGGUACCAGCAUGCCGUGGCCAACCCUGGCCUCAUCACCUUCACGGGGCCGUACCUGGACGUGGGCGGGGCCGGAUACGUGGUCACGAUCAGCCACACCCUCCACGCGUCGAGCACUCAGACGGCCCCUGGUUACGCGAUAGCCGUGAUGGGCAUCGACUUCACGCUGCGCUACUUCUACAAAGUGUUGCUCGACCUGCUGCCCGUCUGCAACCAGGACAAGGGCAACAAGAUCAGGUGCUUCAUAAUGGAGGACAGAGGGUACCUGGUGGCACACCCCACUCUCAUUGACCCCAAAGGUCAUGCCCCUGCAGAGCAGCAGCACAUCACGCACAAGGAGCCGCUGGUUGCGAACGACAUCCUCAACCAUCCCAACUUUGUGAAGAAGAAUCUUUGCAACAGCUUCAGCGACCGCACCGUGCAGCGCUUCUACAAGUUCAACACCAGCAUCGUGGGGGACCUCACCAACCUGGUCCAUGGAAGCCAUUGCUCAAAGUACCGUCUGACCCGGAUCCCGGGCACCAACGCCUUCGCCGGCAUCGUGAACGAGACGUGUGACUCCCUGGCGUUCUGCGCCUGCAGCACCGUGGACCGACUCUGCCUCAACUGCCACAGAAUGGAGCAGAAUGAGUGCGAGUGUCCAUGUGAGUGCCCCCUAGAGGUCAACGAGUGCACAGGCAACCUCACCAAUGCUGAGAACAGGAACCCGAGCUGCGAGGUGCACCAGGAGCCGGUCAGCCUGAAUGUGAUUGAUCCCAGUCUGCAUGACACCCUGCCCCAGUGCAUCAACACCCGCUGCAGCCAGAGAUACACCAGCAGCGACUGUUUUGGCGUGCUGGACUGUGAGUGGUGCAUGGUGGAGAGCGAUGGUAAGACCCACCUGGACAAGCCGUACUGCGCCCUGCAGAAGGAAUGCUUCGGGGGCAUCGUCGGCGCCAAGAGUCCCUACGCGGACGGCCUGGGAGUCCUGGAUGAAGAGGUGGCGUCGCUGAACAUGAUCAAGAGCGCCCCCGUGGGUCCGGUCGCUGGGGGCAUUAUGGGAUGCAUCAUGGUGCUGGUGCUGGCUGUGUAUGCGUACAGACACCAGAUCCACCGGCGCCGUCACCAGCACAUGUCACCACUGGCUGCACAGGAAAUGUCAGUGAGGAUGUCGAACCUGGACAAUGAACGAGACGAGAGAGACGAGGACAGCCACGAGGACAGAGGCAUCAUCAGCAACACGAGAUUCAUAGCUGCGGUGAUCGAGAGACACACGCACACCCCCGAGCGGAGGCGACGGUACUGGGGACGAUCCGGGACGGAGAGCGACCACGGCUACAGCACCAUGAGUCCACAGGAGGACAGCGAGAAUCCGCCCGGGAACAACGACCCGCUCUCGGCCGGCGUGGACGUGGGGAACCACGAUGACGACAUGGACCUGGACACGCCGCCCCAGACGGCAGCGCUGCUCAGCCACAAGUUCCACCCGUACCGGCACACGCACACGCACCACCACCCGCUGCACACGCACCACCUGCAGGCCGCGGUCACCGUGCACAGUGUGGACGCGGAGUGCUGAUCCUUGACGUGGCGUUGCCCCUCCGGCCUGGGAUCUUAUAUUUGUUAUUAAUGACUAUUUUAAAAAACGGAAAACAUUUGUGCUCGAUUAGACUGUUGGGUACGGACAGGACGGGCGGAGGGAGAGAGAGGCCACAGCUGGACUCGAACCCAUCAUGCCACUGAGCUGCGGACACUUCCUCCUCAGCUCCUUAUGGCUACUAGCCUCAUGGUGUCAUUGUGCCAACACCUCAUCCCUUUUUCCACUGAUCCCAGUCUAACAUCUGGGAAAUCAACACGGUUUCACUGACACCGACCAGACCUGGGCCAGUAGAAAUAACUAAAUGGGAGUUUUUCUUUGUUUUCUAAAGAAAGUUGGCCUUCAGGACUCGGUACGUGUGCAGCUUUGGGAGCCAGCGCUGCCCGAGCUCAUUCAUUUUGACCCUCAACGAGGAGAGGACACAAGUUUCACCUAAAACCCUCGACAAAGGACAAACUUCUUUAUUUUCCUCCAGAAGGCCGCAGCAAACACUAUUGGAUCAAUGGACAAUCAAAUUAAACCGAGAGCCCGAUGUUGCCCCGGGGCUCCAUCCCAUAAUUACGGAUUAUACCACAGCUUUACUCUCCGUGGUUCUGAAGAUAUGGACACUUCUCAAGUAUUUGCCUUUUGUUGUCAAAGCAGAAGCUGCUGGUUCUUUUAUAAAGCGGAUUGAAAAGCUAUCUGAACUUUUUCAUGAAUGUCUGUGAACAAGUAGCCAAAACAUUCAGUGGUUCGGGCAGACACAGAAGAGAAAUCACUUCAAAAGAGGAAAAUGUUAUUUUUCUACUAUUUAUUAAAAGAGGUAGAUUUUCAGGACAGACGAGCUCGAAGCUGCCGCUAACACAAAGAGUGACAUGUUCUUCUCAUAACCAGUGCAUCCUUUAGAGCUCACUAUUUUUUAAAUAUUUCUCAUACAACAGACCAUGUGACAACUGGAUUUAUUUUUUACAUUUUGUUUUUUAUUUUUCAUACCAUUGAGUGAUAUUGGUUCAUGAGCAGCAGCUUUUCUACAUUUUCCUUCCCUCUUUCUUUUCCUUCUCCGUUUCCCACAAGUAUCCCCUCCACUGAAUUAUCCUGUUAACUCUAAAGUCCUGGGAAAAGCCUCCUCUUUACGCGAGAGACACACCCCAGAGAUCGGAGUCAUAAUCAAAUGGAAGUGUGGGAGCUUUUCGUGGGGCACAUGGGCCGUGAGGUAAAAUCCACUGUGCCGGACACAUCGUCAGGAGUAUCCGUGCUCGCUGGACUUCUCAAGCCUCCUGGAUGUGUGCGGGGGGGGGGGGGGGUGACAACAGCAAAACAUUCCUGGCGUUCGUCACUGCUGGGGAUUUAGUGGUUGAGGAUAAUUGGGGGACAACCGCAGGGGUCCUGAGAGAUUCACAGAGAAUCGAGUGCUGGCCCCUCUGAUCGCCUGGGUAGAAACAACCCAGCGCGGAAUGCUGUCUCUUUCUUGUUCCACCUUAUUUGUGCGCUGGAUUUUUGUGUAAAUCAAGUUUAAUUUUCUAAUGAUGUGUGAGAUGGAGUCUCCUUCCUGUCAGAGAGAAGAACGAGGGAGAGAUGCUGCUGCUGUUGUUCAGAGGUUACACCCAUCUGUCGACUCCUCUGUGGUUAACCACUCAAAAUGUCUUUUCUACACCUCUCUGGUUUUACUGGCGUGUAUGUAUGUAUGUGUGUGUUUGUGCCCGUGUGUGUUUGUGCCCGUGUGUGUGUGUGUGUGUGUGCGUGCGAGUGUGUGGAAAGAAUGGCUACCCGUCUGGGACAUUUUCUUGGAUUAUUGUAUUUUUCUCAAGAUAAUAACAGAGAAUUAUAGGUGAAAUUAUUAUAAUUGAGAAAAUCCACCCUCUUUUAUUCUGAUGAAGAGUCACUCAACCCGAUCGGUGCUUCACGGCCCGGCGUGGUGCCACAAUGUCUGUUGUUCUUCAGAGAUUCAUUAUGAAGUGUAAAUACAGAAUCACAAAUAGCUAUUAAUGUCCUGUACACAUUAUGUUUGUAAGCUUCAGAUAUUCGGGUUGACAUUUUUUUGAUUUGUCUGUUCACGGUGUCUCACUAUAUUUUCCGAUGCCUUGGAUGUUUUUAUUUUAUUUUUAGAUUAAUUUUUUCUCUAGGUCCAUAUUGGAUGGAAGUCAGUGCUUGGAAAAAAUUAAUACACACUUUUUAUGUUUGAGAGACGUCUAGUUUAAAAGAAAAGAAAAAGUUUUAUCUUGUGUCUUGAAAAUGUUUAAAGAAAGUUAAUUUAGAAUCAUGAAAAUAACGGUACAUCUCUUUUUCGCUGCGCAAAGUCCGAAAAACAAACGACCUGUGGAUUCAGGGUCCGUGUUUCUGUGAGCUCCCGAAAACUGGUAAGAAUAUUUCCCUAAACGUGCAGCUAAAAAAAAACACUGCUUUCUAAUCUGACACCACUAAUAGAGCAGAGAUUUAAAACACACUUUUUGGUAUUGCUUUCAAAAUCGUACUCCUACUAUAUGUAGUGAGUCAAAUAGUCAGAUGUGGGUGAAUGUCGGGUUCAAUUUCUUUUCCUCCAAAAUGGUUUGAUGUCACAGGCAUUUUUUUUUUCUCUGGAGAUCUUUUAAACAGUAUUUACCAGCCAUUUGUAAAUGAGUGUGUGUGUUUCUAUACGAGAACACUCUGAAUUGCAUUAAUUAAUGUACUGAAGGAAUAUUUGUACAUCGACCCCCCCCCCCUCCCUCAUGUAUCAUAUAAAGUUAUCAAAUUGAGAUUUAUUGCAAUGUGAAUGUGAUAAAGUCCAUUUUACACUUAAA